GGCAGGAGGCUCUGCUGAAGGGAGGAGUAGGAAACGGAGCCGGGGAGAACGAAAGAGAGAGAGGACAGGGAAAGAAAGGAGAUAAAGGAAGGGAGAACCUGGGCAGCACUGCAACAGCUGCAGCAGCAGCAGUCUGUCAGGACAGAGAGAGGGAAAUAACAAUAAUCUGUCUGCAAAAAGGACCAACGAUCCAAGAACUGUGCCUUGGUUGCCUUUUUCUGUUUUCUCCUGACAAGGACAAGGGGGCUGAGAGGAAGACUAUUUCUUUCUCCUUGCUGAUGCUUUUCUCAAUGCUCUCAUGCAGGAGGCAUGCUCAGAAGUAGUGUGAAAGGAGGCAGAGAAGGAGAUUUAAAGAUGGAACGGGCGGAAAGUACCAAAACGUACGGCCAAGCCGAGGGCAAAGCUAUUGGCAUGGCAGCCAAGAGGGGCAAGUCGGGGGUGCCCCAGAGUGCCCAGCGAGGGGAACUGAGGGUGUACCGUGCAGGUAGUUCUGAGGGGAGGCUGCCAGUGUCCUCCAACCUCCGCAAGCAGAGGUCCCUGACCAACCUGGCCGUGCUCACCGAUGCAGAGAAGAAGAUGCACCUCUACGAGCCUAAGUGGUGUGAUGAUAUGGCCAAGACUGGAGCAGGGCACCUCAAGACGGGCAAGCCCAAGCUGGCAGGAGGGGGUGGCAGUGGCAGUGGCGGAGGAGGGGGCGCGCCACUCUCACGCAACCUCUCCAAGUCAGAGCACUCUCUCUUCCAGGGCAAACCCAAACCCUUCAGCCCACUGGCGGCUCCUUCUGGCCUAGUCAGACCCGGUCAGAGCCGGAUCCCCAGGGGGCCCUAUGCAGAGGUGAAGCCCCUGAGUAAGGCCCCUGAGGAUGGCAAAUCUGAUGAUGAGAUCCUCUCCAGCAAGGCCAAGGCUGCCAACAAGAAGCAGGUGGCGGGAGCUUCUGGGGAGGCAGGGGCCAAGGGCCAAGGGGAUGGGAACCAGUCCUUCCUCAAGGUGGAUCCAGAGCUGGUGGUGACUGUCCUGGGUGACCUGGAGCAGCUUCUCUUCAGCCAGAUGCUGGACCCAGAGUCUCAGAGGAAACGCACGGUGCAGAACGUCCUUGACCUCAGACAGAACCUGGAAGAUACCAUGUCCAGUCUACGGGGAGCCCAGCUCAGCCAUGGCUGUCUGGAGAGCAGUAAUGUUUGCUACGACAGUGACGAGAACAACGCCCGCAGCAUGUCCAGUCUGUCCAAUCGCUCCUCUCCUCUCUCCUGGCGCCAUGGCCAGUCCAGCCCCCGGCUGCAGGCUGGAGAUGCCCCCUCGUCCACGGGUAGCGGCGUGUAUCAGGGGGGUAAGGCUGGGUCCCAGUACACGGCCCACACCAUGCCCGCCCGAGUCUCCAGCCGUCUCAGCCACUCCUCCCGAAUUGAGCUCAUCGAAGGGCUAGAUGUGGACGAUGCUGACCUCAAGUCUGGUUACCUGAGCGACAGCGACCUGCUGGGAAAGAGCAUGCCAGAGGAUGACGACGACAACCUGGCUAAUGGUUGGGAUGAGAGCAGCUCUAUCAGCAGUGGGCUCAGCGAUGGCUCUGUAGACAACCUCAGCUCUGAGGAGUUCAACGCCAGCUCCUCCCUCAACUCCCUGCCCACCACACCCCUCGGCUCCAGACGCAACUCCUCUGUCAUGCUCCGCACCGAUGCUGAGAAGCGCUCCCUGGUGGAGAGUGGCCUGUCCUGGUACAGCGAGGAUGCCAAGGCUGCACGCAAGAUGGACGGGAGCAGCUACGAGACGGGGAGCCUCAAAACCGAGACCCCCAGCAAGUGGAGGAAGUCCUCCAGACCCAUGGAGGGUGCUAGUGAGGAUGCGGGGGUCAAGGGGGAACUGAGGAAGCCCCAGAACCUGGGUCAGCCAGGGAACUUUAAAAAGGGGCGCAACCCUCCUGUGGGCGUGACCUCACCCAUUACCCACACCUCUCAGAGCGUCUUGAAAGUGGCAGCACCAAAGUGUGACCACAAGGUGGUGGACAAGACCAAGAUGUCUGUGAAGGCUGCUGGGCUGCAGCGCUCCCGUUCCGACGCCGGGAGAGAACACCUCCCGGAGCACCGGGAACACCGCAAGCCCCCGUCAGGCCUGGUCAAGCCCUCCGCCGGGGCCUCGUUUGGCUACAAGAAGUCCCCAACUACCGGCACUGCCACCGUCAUGACAGCAGGGGGCAGCACCAUCUCUAGUGGCUCUGCCACCGUGGGCAAGAUGCCCAAGUCCUCUGGCAUCCCUGUGAAGCCGAUGGGUGUAGGAGGGGGAGGAAGAGGGGGGCAUAAGAACAGCUUUGACGCCACAGGCAGUGAGGAGGGGGGCUUUCUGGGGCCCAACGCACGUAACAGCCUCCAGUACCGCAGCCUGCCGCGCCCUGCCAAGUCCAGCACCCUCAGCCUGAUCGGCCGCCCUGGGUCGGCCCGGCCCGCCAGCAGCAGCAUCGACUCCAGCCUGCUGAGCCUGAAGCCUGUCUCCAUGGCCUGCCCUGGCCCCAAGGGGAAAGAGCCCGUCAGUGGAAGCACUAAGGGGGUCAGUCGAGGCGGGAGCACAGGCCCUGUCAACCAGACAGACCGGGAGAAGGAGAAGGAGAGAGCUAAGGCCAAGGCAGUGGCGUCUGAUAUGGACUCCCUGUGUGGCUCCCUGAAAAUGGAAGACUGUCAGGGGGAUUCUACUGGGGAGGCCAGCACCAAACUGCAGGGACUUCGGAGGGCCAGUAGCAGCAAAUACCCCGAGCUCUCCUCGCCCACCACUCAGAGGAUGCUGAGCUGCAAGUCUCUGGGUCGGCCACCCAGCCUUGCCCACCUGGACAAGGUCAACUCCAACAGCCUGGAUUCGUGUGUGACCAUCCAGGACCUCCCUCCCAAAGUGCCCCCCUACUCUAAGCUCCAGGACCUGGCCGGGUCCGGGUCACGCAGCCCGGCCCCCCGGGGCCUCACCCCUAGCCCAGCCCCCGUCCUGCACUUGGACUCCCCCAGCUGCUACCCCAGCCAGACCCUGUCCCUGGGGGGCUCUCCACUGCUGUACCCCAAACUGUCUGGCCUGCACCGUAGCAUGGAGUCCCUGCCCCUCACCAUGAGUGUUCCUCCCAGUGGAGGAUAUAUCCGGGCAGAGUCCCGAGACAGGGACAGCGAUAGGGAGGAGAUGAGGGGCACAGGGACCUGGGGUGCUGGGAGCAGGACCUCCCUCAAUCUCCCAGAUAGUUUGCAAACAGACAGGAACACCUUACCUAAGAAAGGAUUAGGGUAUGUCAAUCGCUACAGCUCUGGUCCGUCUGAGGGUCAGUCGGAGGGGAAGGAGAGGCGUCACUCCCACACUGCAGUGAGCCUGACGGAGAGCGAGAGCCCCCCUCAGCUGCCAUCGCCCACCCACAUGCCACACCUCUCCUCUGGCAAGGCCGUCCUCACUAACGUCGUUGCCCCCAUCCCGAGCGGUGCCCCCAGGAUAACCCGCUCCAACAGUAUCCCCACCAAUGACGCGGCCUUCGACCUAUACGGCUCCUCUCCACUGGGCAGCAGCGUGUCACUGGCCGACCGGCCCAAGAGCAUGAUGCGCUCUGGAUCCUUCCGCGAGCCCGGGGAUGACUGUGAGACAGCUAGCACAUUCCAUGGCUCUGUCCUGUCCUUGGCAUCCAACGCUUCAUCAAACUAUUCCUCUACUGAGGAGAGGAUACAAGGAGAGCAAAUCCGCAAGCUGAGACGUGAGCUGGAGAACUCCCAGGAAAAAGUGGCCAACCUGACCACCCAGCUGUCUGCCAACCUAGGCCAGGCUAAUUUGGUAGCAGCGUUCGAGCAGAGCCUGCAACUGAUGACGUCACGUCUGCAGAGCCUGUCAGUCAGCCAGGAGCAGAAGGUACCGGACUCUGAGCUGACUGAUCUGAAGGAGACCAUAGAGAUUCUGAAGACGAAGAACACAGAGGCCCAGGAUAUCAUCCAUGUGGCCCUCAGCAACCCUGACAUCCCUCCUAAAGAGCUGCAGAUGAAGAGGCAGAACUCGUCCGAGAGCAUCUCCAGCCUGAACAGCAUCACCAGCCACUCCAGCAUGGGCAGUCUGAAGGAACAGGAGGCCAAGAAGAAGAAGAAGAGCUGGGUCUUUGAGUUGAGGAGUUCCUUCAACAAGGCAUUCAGUAAGAAGGGUUCCAAGCUCUCUGCGUCGUACGCUGACAUCGAGGAGAUCGCCACUCCAGACUCCUCUGCACCCUCCUCUCCUAAAAUCCCCAACCACCACGUGGACAGGGAUGGGGAGGGAGAUGGAAAUGGAGACAACCCUCCCUCUAUGAUGAGGUCCUCUGUCUCUGCAUCAUCCUCUGGACUGUGUGAAGGAGGCGAGGAGCCCCCGGAGGAUGAGAAGGUGGUGACCACGCUGCGCUCGGCCCUCUGGGAGAAGGAGAGGAAGCUGACGGACAUCCGCCUGGAGGCCCUUAGCUCCGCCCACCAGCUGGAACAGCUGCAGGAGGCCAUGACCAACAUGCAGAUGACAGUGGAGAACCUGAAGGCAGAGAAUGACCAGUUGAAGACAGGCGGUCCCUCCACCUCCACCUCCCAGUCUUCCGGCCUGGCAUCACUGGGCACAGCCUCACCACGCCAAUCUGUUGCCAUGUCUCUGCCCAAGACCUUUGGCAUGACUCUGGGAGAGGGCAGCCCCUCUGACGUGUUCCAGACAGACACCGUUAGCCUCCCCUCUCAUAGGGACGACACGCGUGUGAGAGUGGUGGUUCGCAUGGCCAAUCUGCGCGUCUUCAAAGAUGAGGUGAAACAGCAAGACUUUUUCAUCGGUACUGUGAGGGUUAAUGGUAGAAUGGACUGGCCUAUGCUGGACUCGGCUGUUGGCCAGGCUUUUAAGGUGUACAUAGCCAAGGUGGACCCCACCUCUAGCCUGGGCCUUACUACAGACUCUAUCUACAGCUACAGUAUGAACCACAUCAGGAGGGUGCUGGGAGGGGAGCUGCCAGAGAGCCAUCCCUCACGCUGUGUCUCCAAGGGGCCCAGCGGCAUCACUGUAACACUCAAAGGUCUGAAGGAGAAGUUUGUGGACAGCAUGGUGUUUGAGACCCUCAUCCCCAAGCCCAUGACCCAGCACUACAUCAGCCUGCUGCUCAAGCACCGCCGCCUCAUCAUGUCUGGGCCCAGUGGCACCGGCAAGACCUACCUCACCUCCCGCCUGGCAGAGUAUCUGGUGGACCGCAGCGGUCGAGACCUCAAUGACGGCAUUGUGGUCACCUUCAACAUGCACCGCCAGUCUUGCAAGGAUCUCCAGCUCUACCUGUCCAACCUGGCCAAUCAGAUUGACCGGGAAACCAGCACUGCUGAAAUUCCAUUGGUGGUUAUCCUGGAUGAUAUACAUGAUGCCACUUCCAUCAGUGAGCUUGUCAACGGGGCCCUCACCUGCAAAUACCACAAAUGUCCUUACAUCAUUGGAACUACCAACCAGCCGGUGAAGAUGACCCCAAACCAUGGCUUGCACCUCAGCUUCAGGAUGGUGACCUUCUCCAAUAAUGUGGAGCCAGCCAAUGGCUUCCUGGUGCGUUACCUGCACAGGAAGUUGAUGGAGGCGGAGGACGAGAGGAGCCUGGCCAACGAGGACCUCCUCAGGGUGCUGGACUGGGUGCCCAAGCUGUGGUACCACCUGCACACCUUCCUGGAGAAACACAGCACCUCGGACUUCCUCAUCGGUCCGUGUUUCUUCCUGUCCUGUCCUGUGACUGUGGAGGAGUUCCGCUCCUGGUUCAUUGACCUGUGGAACCUCUCCAUUAUCCCCUACCUGCAGGAAGGAGCCAAGGAUGGCAUUAAGGUGCAUGGUCAGAAGGCGGUGUGGGAGGACCCAGUGGAGUGGGUGAGGGGCACCCUGCCCUGGCCCUCAGCCCAACAGGACCAGGCCAAGCUGUUCCACCUGCCUCCCCCCAGCAUGACCUCUGGAGGCCCCGGCCAGCCCAGCGAGGCCUCAGCCAGGCCUCUUAAUAAGGAGACCCCACCCAGCUCCAUGGACACCCUGGACCCCCUGAUGGCUAUGUUGUUGAAGUUGCAAGAGGCAGCCAACUACAUUGAAUCUCCGGACAGAGAUACAAUGGACCCCAGCCUCCCUACAUUUUGAACAACUUAAACUCUAGACUCAAAACCUAGCACUUCAAAUAGCCCUAAAUAUUUAUCCCUAUGUGAGCUCUAGUAUACACAGUUUAUAACAUUCAGGAACAAAAACUCCAACAUUGUUUUCUGCUCCUUUUGGACCUUAUCUUUAAUCUCAGCAAACAACAAUCACACUCCAUAUGGUUGAAUGAGAAGCCAUUUGUUUUGUUGUUUUUGAAUUGUAUUCAAUCAUGCCAAGUCAUACCAACCGAUAUUAUGGUGAGAGAAAAUAUUUAGAUUUUCUAUUUCUUCAGAUUUUCUUGAACUAGAGGUUAUAUUCACAAUACACAGUAUAAAGUCUCUCUUUACAGAAGCCUUCUCUCUAUCACUGCUGCCCUCGAUAGAAACAGGUGCUAAUUAUCUAGAUAAUAAGUAUUACUCUUACUUUAGAAAUUAAUCCUCAUCUCUCAUUGGUCUAAGCAGGUGAUUCUUCCAACAGCAAAUUUAAAUGACAAAAAAGCACAUUCUUGCUUGUCCACUUUUGCUUAACAUGGCCUGCAGUGUGCCUGUAAAAUCAAGUCAGUUUGAGACCCAUUUUAGCUUAUUGGAAAGAGUACGACGGCAUGUUGUAUGGCUUGUCAGGUUGUAUAGUCCUGGUUCUGAAUACAUAUCGAUCAAUCUUUGAAGGCCAAAUCUUAGACAUAUGCAACUCUUAUACAUAACCAGGUGAAAUUGUUUGACUCUGUGACCAAACAUACUGAAUGCCUUAAUAAAUCUAUUACUUAUGAUAACCUCAAGAUGAACAGCAGUAUACAACAGUGGUGCUUUGCUUUAUAACCAUCGCCUCAGAGCAGAGUAGUGCCAGGACAUUGACUUUUUGCCCCCUCACAUAGUUCAGGGUAGAGUCCUGCACAGGUCAGUUUUUUUGGAGCCGCACCGCCCCGCCCAAAUUAUUUCUGAGCCCCACCCGAUAUCCGACAUCAGGACAGACUUUUCUCUGCAUAGAGAGCCGAUCCGUGAACCGGCAAAAUAAUAUCAAUUUAUUGUUUUUAUGACUCCAGAGUAUUAGGCUAUUCCCAUUCCCUGGAUUCAUUAAUUUGUCUGCAUGUCUAUUCACAUUUGGAUCAAAGGAAACCAUGGCAUGAAUUAAGAACGAUAGGCCUAUCUUCUGAUUUUCACCUUGCGAUGCGGCACAUUGACAACUCAGAUCGCUUUGAAUAGGAUCCUUUUAAUUAGACUUCUUCUUACUUAACGAAAGCCUAUAGCUGACAUAACAAAACAAUACAUUUACAUUCAAACUUAAGUAAACAUUUCCUAUACUCGAAUAAGCUAUAGGCUGCAAAAAUAGCCUACAUUCAUUUAGUAGGCUAUUGGCUACUCAAACUUUUACCAGUCUCACAGGUUUAAACUUUAUAAGGCCUGCAUAUGGUCUAAAUGAAUGAAAGCCUGAAUUGAUGUAAUAAUAAACUUAUAUUAACUGAAUUUACGCAAACAAAUACCUGCUUGCACUUUUGCAGGCUGUAUCCAUACCGGGUUGUUGUCCUCCUUGUCCACAAUGACUCAAAAAUCCUUCCAAACCGGGGAUUUCACUCACGCAGCACCUGUUUCCAUGAUGGUGUAUUCCACCAUCAUAACCUUUGAUAAGAAUGUUUUCAUUCCACCCUCCAGCUGAUUUUUUUUGCAGGUCAACUGCCGGGAACCGUGGGUAUCCGAUCCGAUGCAGGACUCUAGUUCAGGAUUGAUUUCAAUGUCAUUUAACUAUAUUUGAGGGAUAAACAACAUGUUUCAGGUAGGCUAGAUGGUGGGGAUCAGGGUUUCAUGGUCAAGUGAGAAAACAGGAUUUAACAGAGCAGAACACAGACACAUGGUUAUUUCCUUAUGGGUAAUAUCUUUAAUUAUCAUUCAUUGCAGCUACAACAUAGCAAAAUUACAAAUGCUGUCACUCUUUAACCAAAACAUUUAAAGAUGUCAUCAGUACAUACUAACUUCAGCUUCUGUGGUACUAGUUCCUCAUUUUGUUGCAGGCAGCAUACUUUUUAUUUAUUUGACUGAACUGACAUAGACCGAUUUGAAAUCCAACUAUCUGUUUGAAGAUAUAAAGGCCAUGCCAGUAAUACUCACAUAUAAAAUCAGGUAUUACUAAGAAAGUUAUUUUUUGGAAUAACGCUUAAGCAACUAACAUUUGCUUAUAGCUUAGAUAUUGCUUGACUUUUAUUUUGAAUAUGGUGAGGUCUAAUCUAUUCCACAACAUUAUUCAGUAUAGUUACUGUGCUCAAUGCUGUAUUUCCAAUAUCGAUUUCAGUUAUUUGAUCUACACUAGUUGCAUGGUGCUAAUAUCUGAUAUGCUGAACCAAAUACUUUACUGUAAUCUUGCAUAUUGACAGUAGUUAGAGUAUAAAAGUGCUUAAAAGAAUGUACAUGUAGAUCUUUUACUCAAUGUGGUAGCCAUAUAGCAUCGCAGAUCAUUUAGGUGCUUUUGAAUUUAGCCUUUUCACAAAGCUACUGUCUCAUUCCUUGUAGAAAACAUGUAUUUAGGCCUAUACCAAGACAGGUGAGUGAACAUCAUGAUUUAGAGUUCUCUGUUGCACCCCAUAAAUCAUUUUCAUCAGACACAGGUUAACUCUGCUAUUAACAGUCUUACAUCUAUUGUAGCAACCAAUGGUGCUCUCCCUUUUUUGACUGGUAAUAUUGCUUUGCUCAUCUUUGGUUUAGGUAAUGACCGUUUGGACACACAGCAUAAAAUAGAAGAAAUAGUUAUUUGCUCACAGUAAUGAUCAAGGACCAUUUCCCACUUCAGAGGCAUAGAUAUAGAAUGGUAGAAGUUGAGUGGGUUACAGUAGUGUUCUCAAAAGAUACAUCUGACCAUACUGGCUGAUGCUGAAAUAAUGUAGGAGAAUCAGUCUGUGUUUUGGUCUCUUCACACUAAUGAUGUAUAAUCCCUUUAUCAUAAGUCACCUGUAUAUAAACUGUAAUUUAAUGUCAGAUCCCUUUCUUUGUACAAUGGUUAUCAUAACAGAAAUAAAUGUUGCACACUAUCAAAGGUCAUUAUUAAGCAAAGUGCAACUAAACCACCGUGAUGAAGUUAAAACAUGGUACAUUCCUUUUGUACUUAUUUUUUUGUAUGCUUUUGCAUCAAACUGUUAAUGACUCCAUCUGAUGACUUGAAGCGAAUGGCUUUUACUGCCUUGUGUGGUCACAUUUUUACAAAUUGAAAGAAUCCUUGAUAAAUCCUAUGUGUGAAAAGAUGCCCCUUUGGCCAAUUCAUUUCACAAUGACACCAUGGCUGCAUUUACACAGGCAGCGCAAUUCUGAUCCUUUGCCCAAUUAUUGUAGAAAGAGUUGAUUGGAUUGGUCAAAAGACCAAUAAGUGGAAAAAGAUCAGAGUUGGGCUGCCUGUGUAAACUCAGCCUACUAGACCCCCCAUGAACCUUCUGUCAUCUUAAUGAUUAGCCUCAUUAACUACUCUGCAUUGUUUUACUAUUUAGAAGAGUAUAAGAGUAUAGUAUACACUGUAUCUAUGUAUGCAAGUAAACAAAUGCCAUUCUGCUUGUUCUUCAUCUCAUUCACUGGUCGUUGUGGCUGUUGCGCUGUAGUGGCUGUGCUGUGUGUUUGCAAACCAUCUUCUGUAUCAGGACUAUGCAGCAACUUCUACUGGUGUUGGCAAUUAGAAAAAACGUCAACAAUUAUUCUGAAAGCUAACAAACCCAGUCUUGCCCCAGUCUUGCAGUAAAUUGGACCAAAUGAGGAUUAUGUUACUGAGAAAGAGUUCAUUUUACAGGCAGGGUUGACUAUGCCUUAAUGUGAAUUUUGAUGCAAGUGUUGCAUUGAGAGAGUGAGUGGGACCGUUGACAAUGGAAGGGAUGCUUUGUGUGAAGGUUAUUAGAAUGUGUAAAAAGAAACUUGGUCCCACAAGACACCACCUGACUGUGAAUGGGUGGUAAAACCUGGGCUUUAGCUCAGUGGGAUAACAUACCCUUGUGGCACACAGGAGACCCAGGUUUAGAACUCAGGUCAGUCACAUGAGGGAAAUUAGGUGUAGGUUAUAGAGUUUGUUGUCCAAAGGUUUAGGCCUGUAUUGCAGUUGGGCACAAUUUAACUAUUAUCUAAGAACAUAGUUCGACAUAAAAGCUUGAUUUUCAAAAAAUCUAAGAUAAAUCAAUGUUUUCUAUAUCAGGGUCUUCAAAAAUACUAAACAAAUCUGAAGUUCUUGGAAAUGAAGUAUUUCCCACUUGAUUAAAUCCAAUACAGGUUGCUGAAUAGUCAUAAUUAUUUUGCAAAGCUUGUUAUUGACUCAAAAUAAAAAUAUAAAAACUGUAAUAAUGAUAUCUAAUGUCACUGACAGGCAAAUGUGAUGGAUUUUUAAAUGUUGUAAAUGCAUGCCAAAUUAGUGUGUGAACAAAACAUGUAAUAGCAUUAACGUAUUGUUAGGGGUUCAUUCUAUAUAGAAAAUGCUUUUUCUUUUUAAUAUGCUGAUAUUUGAUAUUUCUUUUUCUAAGGAAUCCUUUGUAAAAUUUCAUUUAUCUAUUUUGUACAGGACUUCACAAUUGUAAACAUUGUAAAUAGUUACGCAUACUGUACGCGACAACAAUCAUUAAGGAAAACAAAUAACUCCAUAAAGGCCUACUACAAGAUUAAUAACUUAUCACUCCAGAGUUGAGCCCAAUACGUGGAGAGGUAGGCAUGCUUCUGAAAUGACAUCUUCAUCCACCUACUGUUUGUUCCAGUCAAUAAAAUCAUGUCAUAUAUGA